UUGACUGUGACAACCAAAUCUGCGGCGUUUCCGGCCAGCUCAGCGCGUCUCUCCUGUGUGUUGUCACUUUUUACAGCCCGUCCGCCAGACAAUCGCCGCUGCCAACCAGCUGGGACUUUCUCCAGAGCCUUGACUCACAGCCGGACACUUGGCAAAGAUGUUGCUACUGACGAUGAUCGCUCGGCUGGCCGACGGUCUGCCGCUGGCCGCUUCAAUGCAGGAGGACGAGCAGGGAAGCGAGAAGGUGGGUCGAGAUCUUCAGCAGUAUCAAACUCAGGCCAAGCAGCUUUUCAGGAAACUCAACGAGCAGAGUCCCACGCGCUGCACUUUAGAGGCUGGAUCUAUGGCGUUUCACUAUUAUAUAGAUCAGGGAGUUUGCUACCUUGUGCUGUCUGAAGCAGGCUUUCCCAAGAAGCUAGCUUUUGCUUACCUGGAAGACCUGCAGGCAGAAUUUCAUGAGCAGCAUGGAAAGAAGGUCCCCACAGUAUCCCGUCCUUACUCCUUUAUUGAGUUUGACACAUACAUUCAAAAAACCAAGAAGUUGUACAUUGACAGCCGAGCAAGAAGGAAUCUGGGCAGCAUCAACACUGAGCUCCAGGAUGUGCAGAGGAUCAUGGUGGCCAACAUAGAGGAGGUCCUGCAGAGGGGCGAGGCUCUCUCUGCUUUGGACUCCAAGGCCAGCAACUUGUCAAGCCUGUCGAAAAAGUACAGGAGCGACGCCAAGUACCUGAACACCCGCUCCACUUACGCCAAGCUGGCAGCGGGUGGCGUCUUUUUCAUAAUGCUCAUCGUCUAUGUGCGCUUCUGGUGGCUCUGAGUGACGACAGAAGAGGAGGUGGAGGAGAAGAGGAAGGAGGUAGAGAAGUAAAAAAAAAAAACGAACCGCACACAGUCUGGGGACGUAGAGAGAAAGCUUUCCCUUUUGAUGAAAAAACAGGAUCCCUGAAGACCUUCCAGACAUGCUUUACCAACCGCUCUGUAUGUCCUCACCUCGUGCGUGCGUGUCUGAUCCGAGACACAAGAUUUCAGAAUGCUUUGUUUUAUUAUUAACAGUUAUACAGUAAAACUCUCGAAGUUGCCCUGAAUUUCAGAGGAAAUGAGUAAACGUGCGAGUGUGUGUGUGCAUGUAUGCGAGUAUGCAACUGUUUAUGAAGGUGAUUUGUGGGUAAGUCAAGAGGAAAAAAAUAAAGCUUCCUGUGCUGUGAGCUUCUAAAGCUGUUCUGUCCUAUAAAAA